UAAAAGUGUAAUUCGAAUAUUUUUCGUUAAUGAAGAAACUGAAACAUGGCAGCCUGCAUGGAGUUAGGUCUGAUUGGCACGAUUUCAGAGAAUGAUGACAUAAAGCUAGCAUCAGAAAGCUCCGAAAGUGACGAUGAAGCUGUUCAAGUACAGAAAAAGAAGAAAAAGAAGGCCAAAAAGGAUUUCAGUACAGGAUUUAGUUUCACUGAACUGGAUGACCCAUUUAAGGGCUUUAAGACAAUCAACUUACAGUUUGCAAAGAAAGCAGAGCCAACUUUCUCAUUAGAUGAAAAGAUUGCUGCAGCCAGGAAGAAAAGAAAGAAAGAGAAUGGUGAUACAGAUGAUGAAGAUGUUAAAACAGAAGAAAAGUUUGUAGAGGAGGAGAUGGAGGAGGAUAUUGAAUCAUCAGAUGAGGAGUUUAAAGCUGACAAAGUGAAGUUAAAAGAAAAGAAGAAAAGGAAAGGAAAGAAAAAGAAAGGACAAAACUCGGAUGAAGAAGAGGAGGGAGAGAAAGUUCAGUUUUCAGAGAAUGUAGAUACAUAUGAUAAAAAUGUGGCAUUUCAAGAUAUAAAUGUUUCAAGGCCACUCAUGAAGUCAUUACAACAGAUGAACUUUGAGAAACCUACUCCGAUACAGGCAGCUACUAUACCUAUAGCUUUACUGGGCAGAGAUAUCUGUGCAUGUGCUGUAACUGGGUCAGGUAAAACUAUAGCAUUUAUGUUACCAAUAUUAGAGAGAUUAUUGUACAAGCCAAAGCAGUCAUCCGUGACGAGAGUGUUAAUUCUUGUUCCUACCCGUGAGUUAGCUGUCCAAGUACAUACUGUAGGCAAACAACUUGCCAACUACACAAACAUUGAACUUAUACUUGCCGCGGGUGGUUUGGAUAUAAAACAGCAAGAAGCAGCUUUACGUUUAGGACCAGAUAUCGUCAUAGCAACGCCUGGUCGAUUGAUAGAUCAUCUCCAUAAUUCACCUAGUUUCAACCUGAACAGUGUAGAAAUCCUGGUCCUGGAUGAGGCUGACAGAAUGUUAGACGAGUAUUUUGCUGAACAGAUGAAGGAGGUGAUACGACUAUGUGCUCGUACCAGACAAACCAUGUUAUUCUCUGCUACCAUGUCAGAACAAGUUAAAGAUUUAGCUGCAGUGUCGCUAAACAAACCAGUGAAAGUAUUUAUAAACGAGAACACAGAUACUGCCCUCGGUUUACGACAGGAGUUUAUCAGAAUACGAGGCAACAAGGAGGGUGAUAGGGAAGCCAUUGUUGCAGCUCUGCUCGCUAGAUCGUUCCCAGAUCAUGUCAUCGUUUUUAUACAAACAAAGAAACAAGCUCACAGAAUGCAUUUAGUGUUAGGAUUGCUGGGAAUAAAUGUUGGUGAACUCCAUGGCAACCUAUCACAAGCUCAGAGGUUAGAGACAUUAAAAAGGUUCAAAGACUCAGAAGUAGAUGUGUUAUUAGCAACAGAUCUUGCUGCACGUGGUCUAGAUAUUGAAGGUGUGAAAACUGUGAUAAAUUUUACCAUGCCAAAUACAGUGAAGCAUUAUGUACAUAGAGUUGGUAGAACGGCUAGAGCUGGUAAAAGUGGAAGAUCUAUAUCAUUGGUUGGUGAACAGGAAAGGAAAGUUUUGAAGGAAAUAGUGAAAAAAGCUAAAACACCAUUGAAAACCAGAAUUGUACCCCAAGAUGUAGUAGCGAAGUAUCGUGACAAGAUCAGUUCUAUGGAGAAAGACAUUGCGGAGAUCGAGAUACAGGAGAAGGAGGAGCGCGAAUUACGCGCCACCGAGAAUCAGAUGAACAAGGCAAAGAGAAUCUUAGAAGAGAGUAAAGACGAGAUGAAUUCUGAGCAAAAACGUGUCUGGUUCCAGUCUCAUAAAGAACGAAUUGCAGAAAAAGCUGCUCUGAGACUUGGUGAUUAUGACACAAACACAGGCAAACAGAAGAAGAAGAAAAAAGACCUGAUUCAGACUAAAACUUCAGAAGAUCGUUCCAACUUUGAGAUUCAGAAAGCUCAGUUGUAUGCUGCAAAAUUUGCCAAAAAGUCUUCAAGACAGAAACGUAUGAGAGGCAAUGAUGAUGAUACCCCUACAGGUCCAUCUCAAUCAAAGAAGAAAAAGAAACAGAAAAUGAAGUCAGCUUUUGAUAAGGAGCUUACAAAUACAGGCCGUAGUGCAGUGAGACAAUACAGAGCUGGACCAUCAUAUAAAGAAAGAAAGGAACUUGGCCUCCCUGGAAAGAAAAACAAACAGAAAGGCAAAAA